AUGACAGGGAUCGUGGCGUUUGAGCCUCGGAAACUGAGCACAAACGGGCCAGCCACUCUCCCCCGCGCGCCGCCGCUCGUCCACCGGGUUCCGGGAGCGCCGGCCCGCGCCUCGAGGAUGAAUGAGGCUCCCCUCCCCCACAAGGGGAUCCCGCGCGGCCCCCAAGUCCCAGGGCGACGCGGCUUCAGGGCCCGCGGUCGGGGUCACCGCCGCGCCCCUCGGCCCGAGAAGUUUGAGCCCCUGCCCGGCGUGUACUCACCUCGCCGCGAGCCGUGCAACUUGUGGCCGCGCACUCAGUGUACUGGCGGGUCCACCGUCACCAACCCCGGGCUGCGCGGAGGCCGACGAGGGCCAAGCGCCCCGGAGCAGCCGCGCGCUACCCCUGGCCCGCCACCUAGUCCACGAGAAGAGCGAGCGCUGGAAAGUUUCGGUGGCGAAUGGCGGCCGGAGGGCGCUGCAGCGGCGGCGGGGCGGGGGCGCUGGCGGCUUGUCGCUCCCGAGCGUCGAGACUGGGGGGGGCUGGGCUGGGAGCGGCGGCGGCGGGAGAGGGCGGGACGGCGGGAGGGACCGACACGGCCAGUGACCUCCGCUGGGAGCGGACGCGAGCAAAGCCUACCCGGGCUGGGAGACGUGCCAAGAGGGUCGACAGCGCGCCGCCCUCCCCAGACACCUGGAAGAGGCUUCUCUCCAGCCCUGCCCUCCCCCACCGCGUGCCCGCCUGCCCCUCCCCCAGCUCCUUGGGGGGGCAGCGUCCCCACGCGGCAGCCCCUCCCCCACCGAGGGCUAGGACGCCAGGCCCGCCCUUCCCCGGACCAAGUCCAGACCCAGCCCCCCGGGGGCAGGGAAAAGACUUACAUCUCGGCUCAGUUCUUCACCCUAAAGCCUCCCCACCCCCACCUCACCCCGCCCCAAGCCCAAGGUGGAGGAGGGAAGCCUAAACGUUGCCCUCUGGGCCCCAACCCGGCCCCUAGCUCUUUUUCUACAGACUCGGAGAGGAAUGAGGGGGAACAGGGCCCCUACACGGAUACUCAAUCCCACACCCCGCACUCCAAGGUGGCUGGGGGGGAGGGGGAGGGGAGAACAAGGGCCACCCUGAAGAUUGGGAGAGGGAAUGGUAACCCAAACCACUGA